UUUCAUGUGACCUUUCGGGCUGAUGAAAAGAUUAAACCGCACUAGGAAUGAGAUGAGGUCCCAAUAAUGGCGACGGCGCCGUGAGUAGUCGCCGGCUGCACCGCCGCCGGCGCCGCCACAGCGUCCUUCUCUUUCAUCUCCGCGCAAACACCUCGCAUGGCGGCUUCCCAACCUCUGCCGACCUCCUCGGCCACUCCCGCCGCGCUUCUGGCGCACCUCUCCGCCGCCCUCUCCGCCCCAAACUGGUACCUACACCCCUCCCUGCCGCAUCUCCCUGCUCUCCUUGCUCCGUCCCUCCCCCGGAUGCCCGACGUCCCACUCCCGAUUCGUCUCGCCGCCGCGACCGCCCGCGCCGCGGCGCCCUCCCGCUCCCUUCUCAGCCUUUCCCUCCCCAUCCUCUUCCGCCUCCACUCCCUCUCCCCGCCCCCGCUCCGCCCCCUCUUCGACCGCUCCUUCGGCUCUCUCUCCUCACCCACCUCUCCCGCUUCGCGCUCACCCCGCUCAUCCUCCGCCUCUUCGCUCACAUGCACCUCCACUCGCCGCCUGCCCCCACGGGCGUCACCUACAAUAUCCUCAUCCGCUCCCUCUGCCGCAGAGCCGACCUGCCCCGCGCCCUCCGGUACCUCAGCCUCAUGGUCCUCUCUGGCUGGCACCCCGACGCCUACACAUUCAACUCCUUGAUCGUGGGCUACUCCCGCACCCACCAGACCGACACUGCUCGUGAUCUGUUCGAUAAAAUGCCUUUGAGAGGAUUCCCGCGGGACGUGGUAUCCUAUGCUGCAAUGAUUGAGGGGUUAUGCGAGACGGGGAGGAUUGACGAGGCAUUGGACUUGUUCACGAAGAUGGAGCUGUGGGACAUGCAUACAUAUGCGGUCUUGGUGAAGGGCCUGUGUAAAGCAGGGCGGGGGGAGGAGGCGCUCCAGAUGCUGCAGAGGAUGAAGAAAUUGGGGUGGCGGCCAAGUACUUGCGCUUAUGCGGCCGUGAUUGAUUUAUGGUGUAGGGAGCAAAGGGUUGUGAAGGCUGAGGAAAUGCUGGAGGAGAUGUCUGACAAAGGGUUGGUGCCAUCUGUUGUUACAUGCACCGCGGUGGUCAAUGGGUAUUGUAAGGAGGGGAGGAUGAGUGAUGCGGUGAGGGUGUUUGAGAUGAUGAAGUUGAGGUGGUGCAAGCCGAACGUGUGGACAUACAAUGCACUGGUGUGGGGGUUCUGCAAGGAGGGUAAGGUGCACAAUGCAAUGGCUUUGUUGAAUCGGAUGAGAGCACAUGGAGUAGAACCAGAUGUUGUGACAUACAAUUUGUUAGUUCGGGCCCAAUGUGUUUAUGGGCAUAUAGAGAAUGCUUUCCGGCUACUUCGUUUGAUGGAAGGAGAUGGUUUAGCUGGUGAUAUAUACACUUACAAUGCGUUGGUGGAUGCUCUCUGCAAGAAUGGGAGGAUCGAUCAAGCUAGCUCCCUUUUUGAUAGCCUUGAAGGGAGAGGCAUAAAACCUAAUUUGGUGACAUUCAAUUCAUUGAUAGACGGGUUAUGCAAAUGUGAUCAAGUUGAUGUUGCAUGGUCAUUACUGGAAAAGAUGGUCUCAGCUGGUUGCACGCCGGAUACCUAUACAUACAGUCCAUUCAUCGUAUACCUAUGCAAGAUGAAGGGAUCACAAGAGGGUUUGUCCUUUAUAGAUGAGAUGCUAAAAAAGAGUGUUAAGCUCACGACGGUCAACUAUACCGUUGUAAUUGACAAGCUAUUCAAGGAGAGAAACUAUGGAUUGGCCACAAAAAUCUGGGGUCAAAUGGUUUCACUGGGUUGCAAUCCUGAUGCAGUUACUUAUACCACAUCUAUGCGUGCUUAUUGCAAUGAAGGAAGACUCAUUGAAGCCGAAAAUGUUGUGAGUGAGAUGAACAGAAGUGCAGUCACUGUAGAUACAAUUGCGUAUAACACGUUGAUGGAUGGGCAUGCAAGUAUUGGGCAGACAGAUUGCGCAGUCUCAAUCUUGAAGCAUAUGAAAAAUGUUGCUUCUAUGCCAAACCAGUUUACUUAUUUGAUCUUGCUUAGACAUCUUGUACAAAGGAGGCUAACAGAAGGUGUGCCUUUGUAUGUAGCUGGUUUAUGGAAGACCGCCAGGCUUACUGAUAUCUUUGAAUUGUUUGAGACAAUGAAGAAGAAUGAUAUUAUUCCUAACAUGGAUACUUAUUCUGCAAUUCUGGAGAGGUUCUCUGAAGAUGGAAGAUUGAAAGAGGUGACAUCAUUGGUUUCUCGUAUGAAAGAUGAUAAUCUGUCUUUGAAUGAGGACAUCUACACUGCUCUCGUUAUGUGUUUAUGCAAAUCAAGACAGUAUUCCGGUGCAUGGGCGUUGCUUCACUCCAUGAUUGGUCGUGGUUUUGUACCACAACUGAUGUCCUAUCAGCACCUGCUUUGCGGGCUUAUUAGUGAAGGACAAGCUCAUAUGGCUGAAGAAAUUUUUGGAAACUGUAGAUGGGAAGACUACAAUCCUGAUGAAAUUGUGUGGAAAGUAAUUAUUGAUGGCCUGAUAAGAAACGGUCAUUCAGAUAUAUGCCGUGACAUGGUAUCCAAAUUAGAGCAGAGAAACUGCAGACCAAGUAAUCAAACAUAUGCAAUGUUGGCAGAAGAAUUGUCUACCAGGGGAUAAUAUAUGCUACAUUCACCCAGUCGUGCAACACUGCUGAGCAAAGCUUCCAUCAGCAGUGUAAAAUGCGCCCAAUCAAAGGCUUGUACCCACACAUGAUGUAUCCUACUGGACACCGGAGUUACAUAUUACAUGGAUCAUUCAACACACACUGGGUUCAUGUUUUAUUGCUCUCUCAAAGGUACUGGAUUGAUCUUCAAUAUCGAACAGAUGUGGAUUCGGACUUCCAGCAUGAGGUCUAACAAUUGUCUGGAGGUUGGCAUUGGGAUAAUGAGCCUGAACCCUACCUAGUACCCGAUGAGCCCCUUCAAAAGCAGUAAAGUACAUCCAAACAUCAAGUUGAUUGGAGGGAUUCGCUAGCAACUUUAGGAUGACCUCAAGGUCAGACGUCAAGUCAGGAUGCCCAGCAAAUAAAGUACCAGCAGCAAUCCCAAGCGCGCCGGUCAUUUGCUCUGCAACAGAGGCAACCUUCAAAAGCCAUUUCUCCGGGUCAUCAAUCUGGAUGGCCGGCAAAGGACCCGCAAUGGAGAUAGAAGCAGACAUAUAAGAAAAUGAUAAUUGCUCACACAACUACGCGCAUGGGACCUCUCUGCACAAACCUCGGGCGGUGACGGAGCAGAUUUUCGUCAGGUCCCUGGUAGGUGUCCAAGUGCAGCUGGAAGUCAUGAAUCGAAGGUCACAGGAGGGGUUUAUCCAGGGAUCUUGCGACCCCUAAGGCUCCGACCUCUGAUGCUGCAGAGGUGGCUGUGCUGAUGCUGCCUGAUGAUUCUCCACUAGUUCCUUAGGAGGUCGCCCCGCUCGUUACCCGUAAGUGUUUGAGAAUAUUUUUUUUAUUUCGAGUUUUCUUCUCAACCUCUGGUUCGUAUUUUGUAGCCGCAGAGGUCCUAUGUGGUCUCCCUAACGGCGUUGGUGCCGCGCUGGACUCUGUUGAUGCUGCUGGCUCUGGCGUCGUGCUUGCUCACAGAGGGGUGACUGAGGAGGCUAACGUGGGCCACUCUGCUACUGCAGGCCCCAUGUCCUCUGCAGCGCCUGUUGCUGCGGUAGCAGGCGCGCUGGAAGUCUUGAGCACCCAGAUGGAUGGGCUCGUCGACCUUGGCCUUGUUUGGAUACUCUAACACAGUUAGAGUUAGAGUUAUUUUCUAACCCACUCUAACCCAAAUAAGCACCUCUUCACCGUGAUAGUUGGGUUAGAUGGAACUAACCCACUCUAAUCCUCCCUGUUUGGAUACUUUUGGAUUAUUUGAGCUUCCAACUAACCCAAACUAGCUCUAACCCCAUGAUCUAAACAGGUCCCUUGAGGAGGCUUGCUGUUAGGUGACGCCUUUGUCUUCGAUUACACAAUGCAGCUAUUAGCCCCGGAGACCGGACGAGAUGUCACUUCCGAACUCUCGUUCGGGCUUGUUGUUUGUUCUUGACAGUUUCCUCCUGCAGAAGGUGGCGACUCCGGAGGGCGAGGCAGGCAACCUCAAGUGCUAGCUGGAAGCCCAUCGACAGGAGGUUGUGGGCCUGUUGACGUCAUUGGUCGGUUCCAUCUAUAAGUCAUCAGGUUGCAUCUGAUUCGGUCGGAUUUUUACUGUGAUCUUGUGUACUGGCUAAUUACUUUUAACUUCUUGCUCCACAACUGCUAAGGAGGCCGCAACCUUGCGGCAGGAGUUGUCCGAGUCACAGAGGUCGCGUGGCAAGCUCCGGACUGCAAUGGGCGUCACGGACGGCGAGCCCAAGGAGUACCGGCAGAGAUAGCCAUCCUCGAGAGCACGAUGGCCAGCAAAACGCGGAGCUGCCGAAGCAGGCGGCUGUCCUGAAGAAAAAGGAGGCCAUCGCCGAGCGGGUCGGUGAGGCCCGGUCUGCUGCGGAGGACCUGGUGAAGCAGUUGAUGAAGCUACUUCAGGACCUGGAGGCCGCUGCUAUGCAUAAGCUUUUAUUUCUUCCGCGUAGUUUCCCAUUGCUUUGGCCAUGGCUUGAUGGGAUGUUCCUUUUGUAGUGCCACUUCUGGACGUCGCCCGUGUGGACCCAGUGAGGCGUCUCAAGCAUGUUGCUGACUCACGCAACGGAUGUGCACGACGCUAGGCAUGCCGUGUGGAACGCUAUACCGCGGCGAGAAGGACCUCGACGACACCUUGGACGGUGUCGUCAAGCUGCGGGAGAAGGCACCUGAUCAGCUUCUGGACUAGCAGUACUCUGCAGCGUAUGAGGGCGCUAUGCGGGUACUGGCUAGUGUGAGGGUGCAGCUUCCGAACGCCGACCUUGGCAUCAUCGUCCAUGGCACUCCUGACUCCUGAGCGUCCACCCCCGGAGCCCUGGUCAGUGGAGGUCUGGUCCGAGGCCGAGUAUGUUGCGGAUGCCUACAAGAUGGAGGAGAUUCUGAAGUGGUGCUCAGCUCGUGGGGAGGGCAAGUAGACCUCUUAUAAUUUGAAACACCAUUUUUUUUCAAAAAGGGGGACUCCCCGGCCUCUGCAUCAGAAUGAUGCAUACGGCCACAUUUAUAAAUAAAAUAGGUUCAACAAGGUCUGAAU